GAGCGGUAGAAUUAGAAUUAAAUAAAGAAAGCGGAAAAAAGAGAGAAAGCAAAAACAGAGCAUAUGCUAAGGGAUGUGUAUUUCUCUCGCAACAAGGAAGGUAAAGUUCUUCCAAUCCCAUCAAAACCCCAAUCUUAUCUCUUUUCCUUCAAUCUUCCGAUGGAUCGCUCACUCCUCCUCGCCACUCUUUUCACUCUUCUUCUUCUCCCAGAUGUUCAAUCGACGUCUUUUAAGUUAAUCAACAAGUGUCGGACCACGAUUUGGCCGGGUCUGUUAUCAGGCGCCAACACCCCCCAGCUUCCGACCACCGGCUUCGCCCUCCGCAGCGGCAAAUCCAAGAUCGUUCCGGUCCCGAAAUCUUGGUCCGGUCGGUUAUGGGCUCGGACCCUUUGUGGAUUAGAUUCAGAUGGGAAGUUCUCUUGCCUCACCGGCGAUUGUGGGUCGGGUAAAGUGGAGUGCGAUGGCGGCGGCGCUAAACCACCGGCCACCUUGGCGGAGUUUACUCUCAACGGCGCCGAUGGGCUUGAUUUUUACGACGUCAGCUUGGUCGACGGUUAUAAUCUUCCGAUGCUGGUUGUGGCCAAAGGUGGAACCAGAGGCGGUUGCGCUGCUACCGGCUGUUUGGUGGAUUUGAACGGCGCGUGUCCAUCGGAGCUUCGAGUAGCGCGUGGUGGUGGUCGUGGUGGAAGUAGCGUGGCUUGUAGAAGCGCGUGUGAGGCUUUUAAUGCUCCGCAAUUUUGUUGCAGUGAGGCGUUCUCUACGCCUGACACGUGUCGUCCUUCUGUAUAUUCGGAGUUCUUCAAACAUGCUUGCCCACGCUCUUAUAGCUACGCGUAUGAUGACAAAACCAGCACUUUCACGUGCGCAUCCGCCGACUACCUUAUCAUAUUUUGUCCACUACCCUACACCAGUCAGAAAGUAUUGAGUGCAAGGAAAGACGGGGCAGCGUUACCGCUCGUGAACAAGACCAUGAUGUACUUGAGAAGCCGAAGAUCGAUCAGUGUUCGAUCGGCAGGUUUAACUCAAUACUAAUGCCUAUAAAUCAACAAAAACCAUGCUGCCUCCUUGUGUUACUGACAUCACAGCCUUCCCUGUAAGUUUCAGGCUUAUAGUCUCGAAACGAGGUGUCGAGGGACGGAGAGGGGAGUUCGAGACGGGCGUAUCGGCGACGAUAGGGGAGACAGCAUACUCAAAAAAUGGAAGGCUUUUUUGUUUAUACACAGUUGAAGUUGAUUGAUAUUAUUGUUUUGGAAGAAUUCAGAUUAUUUUUUAUUUUUAAUUUGAUGGAAUUAUGGAGUAAAAACCGACACUAAAAAGCAAUAUCGAUUAUGUGAGAUUCACGUGGUUGGAUUCUCU